ACAGUGCAGCUUCGGUUGCUAAGGAAACGCUGAACGAAGGUGGAACAAAGAUGACUACGACUAGUUAUUGAGGUGUGCAGGUGACACGCCAUGCCAGGUGUCUGACUGAACUGGAUCAGAGCUGCCAUUAUGGUGACACUUAUUACAGAGCAGCUCCGAAAGCAAAGUUUGGAAGAACCUUAUCACAAGGCUUUCAAUGUGAAUGUGACGCUCCCUGCGUUAGGCUCGAGCCCCACAAUCUCCUGGAGAGCAUGCAAAUCGACACAAGAGACCAGCUUUGCUACACAGCCACCAUUCAAAGCCAAACCUCUGGAUGCAACAUGUGGACUGGACUCCACGUGGCCUUACCAGGUGGGAAAACCUCAACAUGGAGCUGAGGUUUCCAUGACAAACAACGCUUUCCAGAGCUCUCCUCCUCCGCCCCCUCCAAAACGCCACUGUCGCUCCCUCUCUGUUCCAGAGGAUCUGUCUCGGUGCCGCUCCACAUGGCAUCCCAGUGCAUCCAAAGUUUGGACCCCAGUAAAACGUGCCAGUCAAAGCAUAGGAACAUCAAAUCUGGGCUCUGGAGAUGGCUUAUUAACUCUUAAUGGUCCUAGGACCUCCAUUGAGUCAUCCUCCUUACAUUCCUCCUCUAGCCCCACUUUCUUUAGCUUAGCACUGUCUGCGGACUCGCCACUGCCAUGGAGUUUUCCAUGGGACCCAUGUGACUCACCAAAAACAGCCUGCUCUUCGUCACUGGCCACCCCUUCCUCAUGCUCCUCAUCACCAACACCCCUAAUGCGCCACUUGUUGCUGCACCGCCGCCACUCCCUCUCUCCUUUGCAAGUUCAGAAUGCAUCCAUGCUGCCCCAGCACCCUCAGGCAGCCCAUGCUAUGGGCAUGGAGGGCCCUGCCUUGCCUCCUUCUCCCACUUCAGCCUGCAGCACGCCAUCCUCCUCUCGACGCGACCUGCACCCAGCACUGCCACGAUGCCACUCGCAGCCCUGCGACAUGCGCAAACCUCGCUUGAAGAGGCGCCAUGACCCAGAUGUGUUGCCGGGCCCAAGGCCAGGGCUCGACUUCAGCAAGAUGACACAGAUUGGCAAUGGUGACGUUCUAAUGUCCGGUUCAGGUGUCUUUAAUGUCCAGAUGACCUCUGCCGUCUCGCCUGCCGAGUUCCUGGGUCGAGCCAGCAUCAGACCGCUAAGUGAAAGUGAAGAGGAGGAUGAAGACUAUUCAAUCAAAAGGACUGCAACACCUGAGGCGCAAAUGUUUUUUGAAAGAGACUGCACAGAACUAGACUUGAACCUCAUCGAAGAGAACUGAUGAUGGAUGAGAGCUCCGUGCUUCCUGUAGUCACAGCUUCCUUUACCAUGUUAAGCACACUGCUAAGAACCUGCUCGCCUCCUCAGGCUUCUGUCCGUACUCAAGAUGUAAGCAGCUAUCAACAAACCACUCUCGAGCUCGUUCCUGUUGAAAAUGUCAGUGUUAUACAUAGUGCCUCCCUUAUCAUCGCUCCAAAGUGAACAGAGAAUGUUUAUAUGGAUUUCUGGUGGUAAAUGAUUUCUUUGGCUUUAAGCAGGGCUGUCAUAGGGAUGUACGCCUUGUCUUGAUAUUCUUUUCUGGAGUCCUGCACGAGCACAGGGACUGACUUUAGAGAAUGAUAAGUUUUCCAGACAUUCAUCCUGCAUCCGCUCUUGAGCCACUGAGAAAGUGACCAAAAUGUGCUGAUACGGGUUGCAUCCAUGGCAAUACAAAACCUGCUGGCAGAGCUUCAGAUUAUUUUCGGAUUGUCGUGCAGGUUAAAUUCCAAACCUAAUUUAAAAAGUUUGUGUUUUCAAGUCCCUUCUGUGCACAAGCAGAACAUUUAAGUACAAAAUCUAAUAUGAUCCAAUAUAAAAGCUUUAUUGCUCACUUUUGAGCAUUGUGACCCUGUCAGAGGGAUGAUAUUCACUAUACUGGUUGUAGAGUAGCCUUGCCUCAUGCAAAACCCUGUUAAUGUCAUUCAUCGCACAGGUCCUGUGUGAUUUUUAAAAACUACACAGUGCAAGUUGUGCACUUGCCCCCAACCUGCUCCUCAUUGAUUUUUACUUUGCCCAUGUUAGUGUAGUUUUACUGAUUUAUUAGUUCUCUGCUGUUCAUGGUUGAAUAAGAUUAUCAGAUGUAUCCGUUCCUCUAGGAUGUUGGAUGUACGACAGUAUGUUGCUUGAACAUGAACAAAUGUUUCCAAACAAGCAAAUAACAUUGUAAUUGGACCAUGCCUUAAACUUUAGACAUGCAGAGCUCAAUAUAUGCUGUUGGUGAUUCAGAUAUUUAGGAGUUGGGUGUCUUACACACUCAAAAAGCCUGUUGAAUCACUAAAAUGAAUGCUUUGACCAGCUCAUUACAUACAAUACAGCACACUGUAAUGGACUGUGAAGUGAGUGGAGCCAAGUCAAGAGUGUGGAUGUGAAGGAAUGCUAGACGGCUGAUUUUCGGUGGCCUUUCAGAGAUGAUUUUGAUGUUUUCAGUCGGCCAUAUUCAAGGUAUGGAUAUACAGUAUUGCACAAUUUAUGUACCAAUAAACUUUG